AUGCGUUGGUUAAUGGACCGGUUCUUCCUCACUUCCGAGGACAGUUCAGCAUCAGUGCCGGUGCCGGUGCCGGACCAAGAUACUAGGACUUUCCACCGCUUCUCAGACCUCCCCGCCGAGCUCCGCCUACAGAUAUGGGAAUACUACUUCGACAUCCCACGGAUUCAUGUACUCUACCCGGCGCCAUCGAAACUUCAGUCAACUUCCAAUGGAGCUGCUAUAGCCUACGCCGACCUAACCGCACAGACAAACCAUAAUGUGCCUACUAGUCUUCGCUUUGCUGCCGCCACUAUAAAUAGUGAAGCACUCGAAGUGUUUCACAAAAAGUUGGAUCUCGUUCAUAUGAACUUCAUGGGACUGCCGAGUAAACAUGUGAAAGAUUUGUAUGAGCACAGGUUUGGAGACCUCGUCGACCGCAAGGACCGGGAGCAAGCACUCAGCGUACCGAAAGAUAUCCUGCAAUCAACACCGGAGCUUGCUGAAUUCGUCAGGAACCCAGGUGGCAAACCGCGCGACACGCUCAUCCCCGGAGUUCAUGUCAAUUGGGCAAAUGACUUGCUUUAUCUCACCGACGGUGCAGACGUCAACUGCGAGACGCUGAGGAGGGUGUGUAAUGGACCUAUUGCGAGCAAGCUUCGAAGGGUGGCUAUCCUUAUCCACGAUAGCUACAAGUAUGAAGGGUUCCGUCAGUUCCUCGGACCAAGCGUCGACUUCCCCAAGCCGUCCGCAAACCUCGACGAGGUCGUCCUUGUUGUCCGUCUGAGCGACCUCGACCCCUGGGUUUGUGCCAACGCAAAGCGCGACGACUUCGGGUUUGUCCCGUACGACUCAGUCAUUCAGGAUAGGCAGAAGGGCAGCUGGGAGUGGAUGCAGAACAUGAAGCUAAUCGAACGACGCUUCGUGUACGUGGCACAGCUCUUGCGGGAAGCCUUUCCCGACCUAGAGGACCGCAAGAUAAAGUGGGCCGUUGACAUUGAUUAUAUCCACCGGAGAGCGGAGACGAAAUACAUGCGAACCAUUCGAUGA